CUCCCCCAUAUCUCAGCAUGUCCCUCUUGCUGCAUCUUCCCUCUUUCCUCCUCCUCCCAUGAAGCCGCGCGUCAAUUCCCCCCACACUCCUCCUCCACUCGCCGGAAUAACGACUCGCAACCGUUGAAUCCACUCAUCUCAACUCAUCCAUCUCGACUCCAAUUUCGUCGCCCAUCAUGUCGUUGACCGACAAGGGUCUCUCCUCGCCUCCCCCUGUUCACAACAUCCCCCUCCACGACCUUGAAUCAUCCUCCAAAGCAAGCGAACGUCGUUACACAUCCAUGAGCAGCACCUUCAGCAGCAACAAGUACAAUGAUGGCUUUCAGGAGUAUUUCGAUCAAUUCCUCGCCGCUGCGGAGACCUUCUGCACUAGAGUCGCCAUAGUCGUCACCCCAAGUUAUCUGCAACACUAUAUGGGAGGAGCGCCCCGACCGGCUCAUAAACCGCACGCCAUCGCGGCCUUGGAUGGACUGCGCGGCUGGGCCUGCCUGCUCGUCUUCAACUUCCACUUCCUAUUCACAUACACUUGGAAAGUCGCAUUGGGCUGGGGCUUCAAUGGAGAGAACUUUGCGCUCUGGCAGUUGCCGAUUCUGCACAUGCUCGUCUCGGGUCAUAUCAUGGUGGCUAUCUUCUUCGUCAUUUCCGGCUACGUCCUCUCCUACAAGCCGCUCAAGCUGAUUCGCAGUCGCGCUUGGGAACAAACGUUCACAACCCUCGCCUCGGCUACCUUCCGACGGGCCCUGCGUCUCUACAUCCCGUCACUGGUGGGAAUUACUCUGGUCUUCCUGGCUGUGCGCUUGGGGGCUUACCACCCCUCCCAUCGCGUCCUGGUCGAGGGGCACACGAUCCUGGGCACCAACGAACAGCACCCGCCCAUCAUGCGCUCUUUCACCAAGCAAUUUUGGGAUGGCUACUCGACUAUUGCUCAACUCCUGGACCCCUUCAACUGGUCUCUAUACUACAAUUACUACAACCCGCACCUGUGGACAAUUCCCGUCGAAUUCCGCAGUUCCAUUGUUUUGUUUCUCACCAUCCUGGGCACCUCCCGCCUCACGACUCCGGUGCGCAUCAGCCUUGUCAGCGGACUCGUCUGGUUCUGCAUGCGAUAUGGCCGCUGGGAUGUCGUGCUCUUUCUGUCUGGCAUGCUCCUCGCCGAGGCCGACAUCAUUCACGGCACAUGGGAACAACGUCCUAUUCCUGCCAGUACAACCUCGAGCACGACCACAAUUAUCGACGACCCUCCCAAACCUCAACUCCGCCGCUUUCUUCCCGCCAAAUCCCACUCGUACCACUACCCGGUCCUUUCGCGUCUCUCCACCCGCCGCAUCUCCUCUCGCCAUCUUUGGCUCACCCUCUUCAUCAUCGGCCUGUACCUAGGUUCCACUCCCAACACCGGUUACAAAUGGACCCCCUUCUACAUGUGGACCUGGAAGGUCACUCCGAAGACCUACCCUGAACCGCACCGAUUCCCACAAACCAUCGGUGCCAUCCUCAUCGUCGCCAGCAUCAACCACUCCCCGCAGAUCCAACGCCUCUUCACCAACCGCCUCUCGCAAUACCUCGGCCAGAUCUCCUUCGCCUUCUACAUUGUGCACGGCCCCAUCCUUCACGGUCUGGGCUACGCCCUCAUGCCCCGACUGUGGGCCCUCACCGGCCGCGAGACGAACUUCCAGGCGGGCGUCGCGUACCUUCUGGGAUGGAUGAUCUGUCUGCCCAUUGCCUUGUGGGCAGGCGACCUGUUCUGGCGGGCAGUGGAUAUUCCCAGCGUGAAGUUCGCAAGAUGGGUCGAGGAGAGGGUCAUCGUCAAGGGGCCUGUUACUGUGUCUGGGCCUGCGGCCGUGAGCAGUGGCGAGCGACGCGAUUGAUUGAUUUCAUUGGACUCUUUCUCUGCUCUGCAGUCCAGUAUCUUUUUGGUUGAAACAUUUAUUUCCCUGGUCGGAAUUGAGGUUAGCGGGCGUCUUCUUAUUUGUAGUUAACUCACGGAACCAGUCACGGGUCUGACUGUACAUCU